UGUUUUCCUCUGCUGUUUCCGUCGGCCUCCUCGUCAAACUGCUUUCUCGCGUCAACCAAACCGACACCUGCGACUGUGGUCAGUUUGAAUCGAGAGGAUUUGAUGUUUCAGCGAUGAUGUAAUGAUGGAUAUGUUCGAAGAACAGUCGUCGUGCUAACGUGCUUACCGUCAACGGACUCUGGUGAUGUUGCCUUCCGCACGGAAACUGCCGGGUUCUGGCUGAGUUUUCGCUAUGACUGGUACGAGGACGGACCUACAACCAUUGAUAGCUAUUUUUAAAGUUGUCAUCUUAUUACCUUGCCAGCAAGAUUUCCCAAACAGAUUUUCAAAUGAAAAUGGAGGAUAUGCCCCUGUCAGGCCCAGACAACACCAAGCUGGAGGCCUUGGUCCAUGACAUCUACUCUGAACUGGUGGAAGAUGCCUGUUUGGGCCUGUGUUUUGAAGUACACCGUGCUGUGAAACAGGGCUAUUUCUUCUUGGAUGAAACGGAUCAAGAGAGCAUGAAGGAGUUCGAAAUUGUGGAUCAACCAGGAGUGGACAUAUUUGGGCAGGUGUACAAUCAGUGGAAAAACAAAGAGUGUGAGUGUCCAAACUGCAAAAGACUGAUAGCAGCGUCUCGUUUCGCACCACACCUGGAAAAAUGCCUGGGCAUGGGACGCAACAGCAGUCGGAUUGCCAACCGCAGGCUAGCCAGCAAUAAUAACAUGAGCAAAUCAGAGAGUGAUCAGGAAGACAACGAUGAUCUCAAUGAUAAUGACUGGUCGUAUGGGGCAGAAAAGAAAGCCAAGAAGAGAAAGUCAGAUAAGAAUCAAAAUUCCCCAAGAAGAUCCAAAUCCCUAAAACACAAAAAUGGUGAACUUGGGAGCAGCAUCAGUACAGAGCCCUAUAAGUAUAACUACAGCACCGGCAUCAGUUAUGAAUCCUUAGGUCCUGAUGAAGUCAGAUCCCUUCUAUCGACACAAUGUGGGGUGAUCUCUGAACACACCAAGAAGAUGUGUACCAGGUCUCAGCGGUGUCCCCAGCACACGGACGAACAGAGGAGGGCUGUCAGGGUGUUCCUCCUGGGGCCGUCCGCGCCGCCCCUGCCCGACACAGACCCAGUAGUGGAGAGUGACAGCUUUGACAUUCCAGAUGGACAGACCCUGAUGAGUCGUCUGCAGUGGGAAGACUCUCCUGAUAUUUCGCCCGCUGACUCGGCCUCAUCGAAAACCAGCACCAACCACUCAGAUUCAAGAAAGCCUAAGAAGAAGAAGAGGACAGCUCUCAGUUUGAAUAGUGGAGGAGGAGGAGGAGGAGGAGUAGGAGUGAGUCUGACUGGAGGCUGCAGCAGUGGCAGCAGCUCUCAGAGUAACAUCAGCUUGUCAACCAAAAAAAAGAGGCCCAAACUCACAGGACCUUCCAUUUCAAGUAUCUAUGAUGACUUAAACUAGCAACAGCUCGUUUGUUGGACAAGAUCUGCCCUCGUCUGAUUAUAAUCCCCCCUGUCUUCCCUACAUUUAUAGUUCUAAAUGUGGUGGGAUUAAACUUGAUUUAGUAGCUAUUUAAUCGGUCUGCCUUCACAAGUAAGGCAUGAUAUUUUUUCCUGUUCAAGAACAUAGUGUUCUAAAAAGAUGGGGCAGAUUCCAGUCAGUGUCUAAAAGUACUUACAAGGAAACUUGGGUCCUUUACACUCUGAAGACUGCACUGUUCAAAAUUACAAAAAAUGGCACUUUAGUAGCUGCUCUAGAGAUUUACUGCGAUAAGUUAAUUUGACAUAGUUACUCUUAAAAGUGUGGAAAGAUUAACAUCGGGUUAUUUCUAUUUACACUUUGACCAAAAAAAUGCACACGGAUGAAGAUUACACCCUUAGCUUAUUCGUCAGCAUUUAAUUUCUUAAAGUUGUUGUCAGCAAUGUCAACUUCCUGUCCAUUGCUGCCGUUACCUUUCCACUUCCUCCACCCGACGUCACCCCAUGUUUGGUGAGUUAGACAGACAGACAGAGAUAGACUAACAUCACAACCAGAGAGCAAAGCUUCUUUGUGUCGAUUUAAGCUUUGUGGGGUAUUUAAAGUUAAUUUACAUUCAAACCACAGAUAUGAAAAAAAACAUAAGGGUAGUAGCUUUAACAUGGAUUUAAACAGAGCCUCCUCACUUGAAACAAGUCUCUCCACCUGCUUCUGGGACUUUGCUGCAGGGUUUUGUUUAUCCCUUUCAGCCAAGAGAGCUUUAGUGAGAUCUUACACUGAUAUUGGGUGAUAAAUCCUGACUCGCACUCCUUCAGCACAUCCUGAUUUUUAGUGUUUAGUUUAGUGGUCAAGGCUCGGCUCCAUAUAUUUAAUCAGUGCAAAGAUUUGUUUUAAAUGGCAAAAGUUCUACUGCCCAUUAAUCAACCGAAGGAGAUAAUUGUGUUGUACAAUAGUAAAUAUUGUAUUACAUUAUACAUAGAUCAUAAGAGGGUGUCACAGCACAUGAAACAGCAGGAAAGCCACAUAAAUAAGAACAUGAUUGUCCAGAUUUCUUCUGGUGUUGUGCUCAUCUUGCUGUUAAAAGUCAAAAUACCUGCUUUGGGAAAAAAAAGGCUUAUAAGGAGACUAAAGUUGACUUUGAAUAUAUAACCAAUCAGUUUUUCUUUGUGGCUCCAAACCUAUUCCGUCAAUAUCAUGAAAAGGUUAAGUCUUAAUUGUGGUUUUCUGACACCUUCAGGGACGCUGUCUUUGUAGUGACCUCCUGAACCGUCCCCUCCUUUUUAUGACUUGAUGGUCACUUAUACUCGGUCGUGGCGAGACAUGCUUUUUAAUUCAACAUGCUUAUCCUGUAGUACUCAUCAUCAGCUUUUUAAUUUUGGCAUGGUAUUGCACAGGUGUGUGUGUGUGCGUGUGUGUGUGUGAUGACUUACUUCAGCGUGAGAGUCACUGUGUUUGUGUGUAUUGUUUAUAUUUGCAUAAAACUAUGCAUCCUAGAAUGUGACAUUUUUGUGUACGUGCCAUUUAAAAAAAAAAAAAAAAAUACUUAAGUGUUUACAUCAACAAUAAGGUUAAGUUUUAAUUUGUCACUGCCUAUUAAGUGAUGUGUAUAUUAUUAUUAUUAUUAUUAUUAUUAUUAUUAUUUGUGUUUAAAUGCAGAUUUUGAUAUUUGACGAGCCAAAAGGCUUUUAGGGCACAUGUAUAGUACGUGCAUAUGACAUGAGAUAAAAAAUGGAAUCAUAAUUCUGACAUUUUCCUACCUUCAGGACUCCCCAGUUUAUUGUAAAAUAAUUCUACGUAUAAGUAGGUCAAUGCUAAAACUCUUGCUUGUCAUUUGUGAUCAUGAGCGAUGCAUCUCUACUUGUAAGCCUGUAAUAAACAAUGUGUGUUGUUAGAGGUGAAGAUGAAUUACUUGCUUUAGUGAACUUCUCAGAAUUGAUGUUUAAGGGCUUUAUUUUCUUAAAGGCUUGAUUAUUGCAGUGCUUGUGAACAACAAUACCAGUAUCAGUCUAAUAUAGUGUUUUGCCUCUUUUAACAACCUAGUUGUCAUUAUAUUUGCAUUGAUGCAUUUAGCACCAGCCCUUUCAACAUAAAGAGACCGACAUAUGCAGUUCUUACGCAUGUCCUUGUCAAAGACACGGUGGUGGACAUCUCCUCAAAGCAUUUUGUUUGUGUGUAGUGAAGUAGGUACACUUACGAUAUCGUAUUGAUUACCCUUUUCUUUGUUUGAUAUCCAAUCCAGUGGUUUUUGCUCAUAUAUGACCAAUACCCAUGGCCGAGUAUUGUGUCUGCUCAUGUGGAGAAGUAGUUUUGGCAAUUAAAUAUUCAGGCUUCUAGGCCUGUUUACGAUCACAGUUACAUAGCGUUGUACUCGGCUUACUUACAUGAUGCAGCACAACCUGAAAUUCCACAAUACAACUAAGUCAGCUACAGUUUUGAGAAGCAGGGCUUCUAAUGUACAAACGACCACUUCUUCAGCAGUUUUAUUUUUCAACAUUAAAAAGGUUGAAAAUCUCCCUGUACUAUCAAAGUAAGGUGUUCUGCAGGUCAUGUACUUUUUCCAAUGUGGACCCCAGGUGUUUUUGUAUACUCUGUAAUCAGGCAUAUUUAGGUUUUCACAGUGUGAUCAAAAUAAUGGAAUUUCCAUUGAAUGAUUACUUUUUCCCCACAUUCGUUUGUUUGUCAGUGUCUUCAGUGACAUUUGUGCUCUUUUUAAUCUUUUUUUGCAGUGAAGUCCUGUGACGUGCACUAAAGGUAAACAGUGGUUGAGACGCUUCUGUGGGAAGUGACCCAGUUUUUGUGGAAGAAGCAAACAAAUGUUGGAUCUCCUUUGGCUCAUUCUGUAUCUGUGAGUGCUGUGGGUUUUCAGGAUUUACUUUUUCCACGCACAAUUUCACAUGGGUGCAUGUGUGAAUGACUGUUGUAUGAACAAAAUGUGAUGUCGGGGGUUUUUCGUCACUGCCAUGCAAAGCUAUGUUUGUAUAUAAAUAAACACAAAUCACACUC